AUGACUGUCCCAGAUGCCUCUCAGUUUGAUCCGCGGACGCAACUGCUCCCUCAUAUUGUUGACCACUACGCCAAGGUCAAACCCGACGCCAUCUAUGCCGAAUACCCCGUAUCUCUGAUGAGCUACGAUGAUGGAUACCGUCCGAUAACAUUCAAAGCAUUUGCCAAUGCCAUCAACGGCAUUGCCUGGUGGCUAACGGAGAAGCUAGGUCCGGGUGAUGGUGAAACCCUCGCUUACGUGGGACCUAAUGACCUGCGGUACCCGGCAUUGAUAUUGGGUGCCGUGAAGGCGGGAUACCGCAUGUUUCUCACCUCCCCAAGGAACAGCGUGGCUGCUCACAGUAGCCUGUUCAAUCGCCUCAGUUGCACUAAGCUAGUCACCCCAGUGCCCCAUCCACCGCCAGUCAAGGCCAUCCUGGAAGGACAUACGCUGGAUAUACUGGAGGUGCCUAGUGUCGAUGAGCUGAUAAGCAAAGAAUAUGCCCAUUUCGAGUUCUCUAAGACUUACCCGGAAGCUGCAGGGGAGGUUCUCGCCGUAAUUCAUACGUCGGGCUCCACGGGUAUCCCCAAGCCGAUCUUUUGGACUCAUGACACUGCGUGCAAGCAUAUGCAUACGACGGUCCUGGAUCCCCCAAGGGGCCAUGAGAGCCAGGAUAGCUGGCUGUUUGGCAAGCGGAUAUUCCUCGUUCCGCCACCAUUUCAUGCUGCGGGUCUGGCAUAUUCGCUUUUCAUUACCAUUCCAGUCGGCACUACCGUCAUCUUUCCGGCAUCUGGCGGCCUUCCUACCGCCGCUUCCCUUGUAGAGGCAAGAAAGAAGACUCAGAUUGAUGUUCUCUUGGGUGUUCCUUCCAUCAUCCAAGAAUUCUCCCAGAGCCCGGAGCUUUUGGACUACUGCAGCAAGCACCUUGAACGCUUGGUUUACUGCGGUGGAGAUCUUCCCCAGCCGAUUGGGGACGCCGUGGCCUCCAAGAUUAGACUCAUGAAUCUUUACGGUGCCUCCGAGGUUGGCAUGAUCAGCACCAUUCAUUCCAAAACCGAUCGCGACCCUCGCACGGAUUGGCGAUAUCUUCACAUUAACCCCCGGAUGGGAGCAGAGCUCCGCCACGUCGCCGAUCAGUACUACGAACUAGUGAUUGUCCGAAGCCCGAGAACUGAGAAACACCAGCUCACCUUCACAGUCUUUCCAGAUCAACAGGAAUACCACACCAAAGACCUCUUCGUGCGGCACCCGGACCCCAGUAAGCCGGACCUGUGGCGAUGGGCCGCUCGUGUAGAUGACGUGAUUGUCUUCUUGAACGGCGAGAAAACAAAUCCUGUGUCUAUGGAACAACACAUCGCUGCAUCCAAUCCAGAAGUCACCGCAGUCUUAGUGGCUGGGGCACGUCGUUUCCAAGCGUCUCUCUUAGUUGAAAUUGGAGGCAAGGAUCUUAGUGCACAUGAGCGCGCCGCGAUGAUCGAGAAACUCUGGCCAAGCAUUCAAGAAGCCAACGCAGUUUGUCCAGCUCAUGCACGCGUAGCCAAAACCCAUAUUCUGUUCACAAAGCCUGACAAACCCAUGCUUCGCGCCGGAAAGGGAACAAUUCAGCGAGCUGCCUCGCUCGAACUGUACACUUCGGAAUUGGAUGCCUUGUAUGCCGAUGCGGACAAACUAUCGCAGACAGCCAGUAAUGGUGAACCUGCUGGACCUGGCCAGGUGGACGAUCCGAAAUUCCUUUCGGAUUACAUUAGAAGAACAAUCAACUACGUCACUGGGUGGGAUCUCACAAAUACUCAAAAUUUCUUCGAGCUGGGCCUUGACUCCCUGCAGGCUAUCACCGCCACUCGGGCCUUCAAGAAGGGUCUUGAUCUCCCAACACUCACUCCAAACUUGAUUUAUCUCCAUCCCUCUGUGGAUGAGCUCACCCAGGCAGUGCUCCACCUGCAGCAACAUGAGGAGGCUUCUACUGAGGAGCGAAAAGAAGCCCAGCUGCAGCAGCGCUAUCUUCUCGAUACUCUCCUACAGUCCCCUUCCGUUGACUACGUGCAUUGUCUCAACCGCACACCUUAUGCAGGGGAAAGCCACCGCGUAAAACAUGGCGGAAUGAAAACCGAUCUGUCUCGAGCGAGCUUCUGGACUGCAGACCUUUCCCAGCCGGACCUAGGCCUGGGACCUGAUGUCUUCAAAACCUUGCGAAACAUUGCCACUCUAAUCAUCCACAACGCCUGGGCAGUAAAUUUCAACCUCAGCCUGUCAUCCUUCAAGCCAAACCUCACCGGUGUGGUAAACUUGAUUAAUUUCGCUGCCCAAUCACAUCAGUCACCCCAUCUCUUCUUCCUAUCAUCCAUUAGCUCCACUAUGGGCCACUACACAAAGACCGGUCUAACCCCGGAAGAAGUGAUCACAACUACGACCCCCGGACCCAACGGCUACGCAGAUAGCAAGUACCUUGCAGAGCAGUUACUAGCGCAAGCGGCUCGGCAGGGCCGACUGCACGCCUCGUUCGCACGUGUCGGUCAGAUAGCAGGGCCGGUCCGCUCGAAAGGAAUAUGGAACAAGACCGAAUGGUUUCCGAGCCUCGUCCUCAGCUCUUAUCACCUAGGUGUUUUACCUGAUACGCUCGGGCCGGCCCUCAAUCGCAUCGACUGGGUACCGGUUGAUCUGCUUGCUGAAGUCCUAGUGGACUUGGCAGUGGCUUGUCGACGCGGGGAACCUGGAUCUGUCCAGGUGUAUCACCCAGUGAACCUGCACCCGGUAGACUGGGAGGUAAUUCGUCCAGUAGUCGCCGAAGCGAUCUUUAAGAUUUCAAGAAAGACUAUUAAGACUGUCCCAUUUACGGAGUGGGUGCAGCGCGUCCGGCAAGAUCUGGAGAUGGCUGGUGGUACCGGCGAGAGGAUGAGUGACGAAGAGCUGCAGAAACGAUUGGCCAAAAAUCCAGCUGCAAAGUUGUUGGAAUUCUUUGAAGGGAUUAUGUCGCAGACUGAGCGGGUGAAUGUGCUGGAUACAAAAUUGACGGGACAGGUCAGCGAGAAGUUGCGGGCUGUGGAUGCAGUGAAGCCGGAAUGGAUGAAUGUGUGGGUGGAGGAAUGGGUUCGUCGUGAGUUGGUUGUGGAUUGGUCAAUUGUUGGUCGUAAGUUGGGUGUGCGGAAAUGA